AUGUCGCUUUCGCCAACUCACUCCCACUCCCAACCUAUACUCCCCGACACCGUCCCGACCCCAACUCCAGCCCAGUACCCUCAAUUCAUCCUCUUCGGCGACAGCAUCACCCAAGCCUCCAGCAAAACCCUCGCGGCCCCUUUAGCAGAAUGGUACACCCGGCGCCUUGACAUCCUCAACCGGGGCUUCUCAGGCUACACCGCGCCCAUGGGCUACGACAAUCUCCUUCAGUUCUUCCCAUCAACACCACCCUCCCCAACAACACCAGCCAUCAAGCUAAUGACAGUCUUCUUCGGUGCCAACGACGCCUGUGUGCAGGGCUCACCACAACACGUCCCCCUCGAGCGGUACAAAGAGUACUUGACCAAAAUCGCUACCCUUGACCGUCUAAAUCUCCACGGCACCAAAAUCAUCAUGAUCACGCCCGCACCAGUCGAUGAAUGGCAAUUCUCACGCCUCGAACGAACAGCAACAACAACACGACAAUACGUAACAGCAUGUCGAGAAGUCGCUCAGACACUCAAUCUGCCCGUCAUCGAUCUGUGGACGAUCUUCAUGAGCAAGGCUGGAUGGACGCCAAAUUCGAAUCACCCCCUGAUAGGAAGUCGAGACGCUCCACGAAGUAAAGUGCUUGGCGAGUUACUGUCCGAUGGUCUACAUUUCACGGCCGCAGCCUACCGGAUUGUCUUUGAUGAGCUGGUCAAGCUGAUCCGGGAGAAAAUGCCGGAGCUGACCCCAGAUAACAUGCCGUUCGUCUUUCCGGAUUGGAAAAAGAAAUUGGGGUUGGGACAGUGA